AGACAGACAGACAGACAGACGUCGCUGCGCCACUACCGGCCAGUUCCCCCGGCUCCCCCCAGUACCCCUCCGCCGCGCGCGGCCCCCGCGGCCUGGCCAGAUUGUUACUGGCAGAAGUGCCGCUGAGAUCUGAAUCCUGGAACUUGCUUUCAAGCUCUUGAAACAAAGGACUUCUUUCUAAUUUGGGCAUGGCCAAUCGAGGAGCAACAAGACCCAACGGGCCAAAUGCUGGAAGUAAAAUUUGCCAGUUCAAACUAGUACUUUUAGGAGAGUCUGCAGUCGGCAAAUCAAGUUUGGUGCUUCGCUUUGUAAAAGGACAGUUUCAUGAGUUUCAAGAAAGUACGAUUGGAGCUGCUUUUCUAACCCAGACUGUAUGUCUCGAUGAUACGACGGUAAAAUUUGAAAUUUGGGAUACAGCUGGGCAAGAGCGGUACCACAGUUUAGCACCCAUGUACUACAGAGGAGCGCAAGCAGCUAUAGUGGUAUACGACAUUACAAAUGAGGAGUCGUUUGCCAGAGCGAAAAAUUGGGUCAAAGAACUUCAGCGACAAGCAAGUCCCAACAUCGUAAUAGCUUUAGCUGGAAACAAAGCUGAUCUAGCUAACAAAAGAGCUGUGGAUUUCCAGGAAGCACAAGCUUAUGCAGAUGACAACAGCUUAUUGUUCAUGGAGACGUCUGCCAAAACAUCUAUGAAUGUAAAUGAAAUAUUCAUGGCAAUUGCAAAAAAAUUGCCCAAGAAUGAACCACAGAAUGCAGGAGCCAGCUCUGCCAGAGGAAGAGGAGUAGACCUUACUGAACCCACACAACCACCCAAGAGUCAAUGUUGUAGUAACUAAAACAUCAAUUGCUUCAAACUGUUCUGAAUAUUCUUCUGCUUCCUAACUGUUAAUAACCAUGGAAUUGGAGUGCUUAACCUGGCCCAGCACAGCUUCCAAACACCGAAGAGACUUAUGAUAAUAGUCAAGUUCAUGAUACAGAGUUUACUUUUGACCUAAAAUUUUAACAUGCAUGUAUCCACCACUGGCUGUAAUGGUUCAGCAAUAGAGGAGAGAUGGAAGCGGAAUAAACUUCCUCCGGUUGAAAGGUUUUGAAAAUCACUUACCAUUAGGGGUGUAGAAGAACUACUUUCUGUGGACCUAACUGGCCAGUUCCUGUAGCCUCAAUACUGAUUGCUCUUAUAAUAAAUAGAAUUGGGAGUUUUUGUAAUUCUCAGUUGUGCUUUAAAACCUUUUUAGAAACACGGUCUAAAAAUUACUUAAACUUAUUCACAGUAUUGACGCAACUGAUUGUUUCUGCAGGUAUCCACUGUUUAGUUAUACAUUCCAUAGUUUAAUGAUAUAAUUACAAAUAAUACUUGCAUUUACAAUUUUAAGAACCCUAUGCUUGCAGGAAAGUGGAGUUUAAUUGUUACACUGUAUGUAAAUUAUAUCAACCCAGUUACUUAUCUAAAUGAAUUAGUGAUAAAUCAAGUUUUAACUUCAUUUCUGAUCUGUCCAGAGGGUACAGACCAGUAAGUUAAACUUCAUAGAAUCAUAGAAUGGUUUGGGUUGGAAGGGACCUUAAAAACCAUCUAGUUCCGACCCCCCUGCCAUGAGCAGGGACACCUUCCCCUAGACCAGGUUGCUCAAAGCUCCAUCCAACCUGGCCUUGAAUGCUUCCAGGGAGGGGACAUCCACAGCUUCUCUGGGCAACUUUAUGACUUAGAUUUCCUUUUUUUUCUUCUACAAACUGUAAGAGCUCUUCAAGUAAAACCACAACAAACCUGGUGUCUGUGACUUAUUUCUUGGUUUUGAUCAUUGCUGGCCAUUACAGUUUCUUUCUUACCUGAAGGAGAAAAAAUAGUGCACUAACAAUUAUGUACAUCCAAUUUGAUUUUAAAUUUGGAUAUUAAUGUACUGUAAAUAGGUACUCUGCAUUGUAGUCUACAUUUGUUUAAAAUUUUCUGUAAUAUUUAAGAGUUGCUUAAAGGUAUACAGAAUGUACAGUUACUUAAAGCUAAUUUUUUUCCUCUCUAAUCAAAGGGGGUUCGGAGUUCUUCCUUUAUGGCUAGAACAGUAAUAAAUGAUGCUCCUGUAUCUGUAACAUAAGUACUGCUGUCUGUCAGUAAUGAACUUUGCAACUUUGUUUUCCAAAGUACAUUUGAUUUUGAUCUGUCCAGUAUAUUGCACUAAUUCUUUUAGUUAUUUUCAUUAUAUGAAAUCUACCAAGUGUGUCAGAAGAGAUUAAUUAGUCUAUUUAAAUGUUGAACUGAUAGCAGAAACUUGUGCAGAUUUUAAAUUUGCAGUAAUCUGGUUUAGCAAGGAUAAUGACAGUUCACCAGUGUUUAGUUUUAUAUUGAGGUGCUCAGGUUUGAAUAAAGUGGUUUAAGAAGAAAAAAAAAAAGAUUUUUGAUUACUGUUUCUUAUUGAGAGUUACAUAAGGUUUUAUUGCAUUUGCACAGUUCCAGACAAGAUGUCUGUUUUGCUAUAUGGGUCAGUGUUUAAAAUUAAGUCAUUUUGUGACACAGCUAAAUACGAGCUUGUACUGUAUUUGCUGUGGCACUCUAGUUAUCUUAUGAUAACUUUCUAAAUGUUGAGGUAAUUUGGUAUCUUAUCACAUCCAUUCAGGAGCACAACCAAAACGGUAACGUUAUCUGUUGAACCUGCAGCUAAUGCAGUCUUUACGAGUUGUUCACUGAUGUAGCUUGCUGCAUUGUUGUGGACUGUUCCACAAGUGGCCCUGCCUCUUUCUGCAGUUUGUGAAUCGCAAUUGGAUGGGUGUAUGUUUGUGUCCUCUUCAAAAUGCGGUGGUGAUUUAGAACCCACUGGUGAUGCAGUCUCCAGCAGUUCUUGACCAGUGUAACCUGCAGGUUUGUCACAACAUGUGUUGGAGUCAAUUUUUUCUGCCAGUUGUGGACCAGAGUCAUAGUUAGAUAAGCAUGCAUUUGUAUCUUUUGGGGGCUGUUUCCAGUCUUCAGACCCUACUGCCAGUACAUUCUCUUGCUGCUUUUUUUGGGUGCAACUUGGAUCUGUCAUGCAGAAAGUUUCAGUGUCUGUUUCUUCUUGCUCUGCAGUCUGUGACUGUGGCGGAAAACUCAUGGACAGAUACACUCCUCUGUCCUCAAAGUGUUUCAGUUCUUCAGAGCCAUCUUGUGUGCUAGAAUCAGACUGUUUUAUCUCUCUGUUCUGUGAACUUACUUCAUUGCUACUGAAAAGAGAGAGUUCUGGAUCAGCUUGAUUUUUGUUGUCAUCAGUUUCCUUGGGAAAAAUGUCUUUACUGGAAUAUAGUAUCUCUGUUUCAUCUUGCAGAUCACUAAUGGCCUUUGAGUCAUUUAAGUUGUCAUCAGUGAGGGGCAUCAAAACCUGAGACUUACACAGGAAAGUUCUGUUCUGUUGAAUACAUUCAUACAUUCUUAAGUAAUGAGUGAACAUUGUUAGUGUUAAUGUAAGUACUUCAUUGCAAUCCAAAACCUCCCAAAGCCCAUUAGAAGCUAAAAUAAGAAACUGACAAGUAUCAUCAAUAGGGACAGAUGCAGUAUGAGGUACAGGUAUAACAGAUCUUUUCAGUACUGGAUCUCCAUGAUGUCCAAGACCUCUUGUAGUUCUCAGGUACCCCUCUACUAAUCCGUCUGGUUCGUUAGUGCUGAUGUUUCCACCAUUCUGAAGUAUGCGUCUUCUCUCGCUUACAUUAGAAGUGCUGUGCUCUUUUGAGAGGCAGUAACUCUUUCCAUUUUUACAUAAGACUGCAUGCGCAUUACCUAAAAUUGAAGUAAGAUAGUAUUUUCAAUUGUAGCAUAAUGUUUUUUAAGAUACUGCUGUUACAUUAUCAGCCUGUUGCAACAGUCUGGGAUAAAAAGCUGAGGUCAUAGUUCAAUUAUCUACUGCCACGGGCAACAAUGUGUCCAUCAGUGAAUUUGGUUCUGUAUUACUGCAAAGUUCUCUGUGGGUUUGUUGUGGUUUUUUUUCCCUCCCAUUAUUUGUAAGACUAUUCCAGAACCACCUUCUUUUAACUGCAGCUAAACUCUUCUGCGGAGUUAAGUGACAUUUCAGCUUAAAGUAGAUAGAAGUGAUGCACCUUGAGUUUAUUUCAAAGCAAGAGUACAUAUUUUUCACAAAUACUACCUUUUCCUAGAACAGUGUGUGCUUGCAAAAUAUUACGGCUGAAUGAACUCAUCACAAAGUUUCAGGUUCAGACUAUUUCUAGCAGUAUAAAAUUUAUAGUACCUGAAAAUAAUUUGGACGUUGUAUAUAAAAUUUACAGUUUACUAACAUGAUGCCUUAAAUCUCUUCCUCUUUUUAAGGGGCCCAGGGGAGCAAAAGUUCUCUCAGUCAUCAUGAGAAGUCAAGGACUAAUUUCCUUUAGUAGGAAUAGAUUCUUUCCCUCUAUGCUUUUGAAAUCUGCAGGGUGAGAAUGAAAAGUGUUAAAAAUUGCAACACUGCAGGUGACUAGUCUUGUCAGACUUGAAUGCAGAGCAUGAAGGAAAGCAGCUCUGAAACAAAGUGAUGUAUUGUUUGAGAUCCUCUGGCUACACAGGGGGAAGACCGUUUUUUGUGUUACUGGCCUGCUCCCAUGUGUUGGCAUAAGGGCAAAAGUGAUGUCUUGCAGAAGGAACUCGAGUGGGAUGGUAGCUUUCCAGAUGCUAAGCUGGCCACAGUGUGUUCAUUUAUAUUGUCGUCUUAGUAUCUGGCUAGACUAGGGCACAGAUUUCUGGAAAGUGUGUAUAAGUAGGCACUGCUUAUAAAGUAGCUGUAAUUCUUGGGAUGUAUUGGCAUUGUUUUAUGUAGGAGACAGCUAGGAAUAGUUUGUGUGAAGGCAGAUUUCUCUCGAAGGUGAUUCAGAAUAUCAAACCGAAGGGCACACCUUUUUUAUUGGUUACAGAAUGUAGAUGCCUUAAGUUACGCUGUGUGAAUGUUUCCUUGUGCUUGCUCCCUCCUGACUUCCAUGGAGAGCCAGAAGAUUGUCUAAAAUUUCCUUUGAACCCUUGGAGUAAGACCAGCAGCUGUAAGCCUAACAAAGGGCACAUUUAUAUAACCCACAUGGAACAAUUUGACUGCAAGAAAGUAAAAUCUAGUUGCUUUUGGAUGCAAGUCUCUUCUUUGCAAACCAGGGACAAGGUAAAAGAAUUGUCAAAAGCUAGCUGACCUAUCAAUGUGGGACUAAAUGAAGAAGACAAAGCUGGCUGAUGCCACCAUCUCCUGCUCCUCAUAUCUGAACAUCCUCUUCAGUUGCUUACGUGGUGCUGAAGGAACAUGUCUACUUCUGUAAGAACACAUUUCUGGGGGGAAAAUGAAGCUCGAUGUUGUGCAAAUCUUUCUUUUGAUGUGAUACGUUUGGUGGAAAACUAAGUGUAUUAGAUUCAAUAAAUGUGUAUUUAGAAGUGGUUAAAAAA